AUGCUUGCCUGGACCACGCUCAGCUUGGCCCUGAGCUUCCGGCUGGUGCUGGCGCAGAUCCGAGAGGAGCACGGACCUCCUGUGUCAUCCCCUCAGGGGGACCUGUUGUUCCUGCUGGACAGCUCGGCCAGUGUGUCUCACUACGAGUUCUCCCGGGUUCGGGAGUUCCUGGGUCAUCUGGUAGCUCCUCUGCCCCUGGACCCUGGGGCCCUGCAGGCCAGCCUGGUGCAUGUGGGCAGCCAGCCAUACACCGAGUUCCGCUUUGACCAGCACAGCUCCAGUGCAAUGGUCCAGGAUGCCAUCCGGGCUGCCACCCAGCGCAUGGGUGAUACCAACACUGGCCUAGCCUUGUCCUACGCUAAGGAGCAGCUGUUUGACACAGCCACUGGCGCCCGAGUGGGUGUGCCCAAAGUUCUGGUGUGGGUGACAGAUGGCAGUUCCAGCGACCCCGUGGGGCCUCCCAUGCAGGAGCUCAAGGACCUGGGUGUCACCGUCUUCAUCAUCAGCACCGGCCAUGGCAACUUUCUGGAGCUGUCGGAGGCUGCCUCGGCCCCUCCUGAGAAGCACCUGCACUUUGUGGACGUCGAUGACCUGCACAUCAUUGCUCAGGAGCUGCGAGGCUCCAUUCUGGACGCUAUGCAGCCGCAGCAGCAGCUCCGCGCCACUGAGGUCACGUCCAGUGGCUUCCGCCUGGCCUGGCCGCCCCUGCUGACCGCCAACUCUGGCUACUACGUGCUGGAACUAACGACCAGUGCCAAGCCUGGGGUGAUGCAUCGCCAACAGCUGCCGGGGAACACCACUGGCUGGGCCUGGACCGGGUUGGAGCCCGACACAGACUAUGACGUGGCGCUGGUGCCCGAGUCCAACGAGCGCCUCUUGGGGCCGCAGCACCUGCAAGUGCGCACGCUGCCUGGUGAGGUGGGGCCCAGGCCGCGAACGGAAGGGUGGGGGCUCCGGGAGGAGGCGGGGCCAGAGCGCAUCGUCAUCUCUCACUGCAAGCCGCGAAGCUUGCGCGUGAGCUGGGCCCCCACUUUGGGCCCGGCCGCCGCGCUCGGCUACCACGUGCUGUACGGGCCGCUGCAGGGCGGCGCGGCGCAGCGCGUGGAGGUGCCCGCGGGCCACAACAGCACCCUACUGCAGGGCCUGGCGCCGAGCACCGACUACCUGGUGACGGUGACAGCUGCCUUCCGUUCGGGCCGGGAGCGCUCACUGUCUGCUAAAGCCUGCACGUCUCCUGGGGGGGAGCGCAGCCGUGCCCCGCUCCCCCCCAAAGCCGGGGCCCGUGGCCCGUGA